CAUAAUCAAGAUAUCUUGAUAAUAUUCGGUGGGUGGAAGAGGAGGUCAUAUUUUUAAAGACAAUAUAGAACCAUCUUAACAAAUGGAUUAGACAAAUUACUUGGGAUAUGUAAACCCCUGAAGAAUAACCUUUUUGACUCAAAAGAAGUUCUAGUCAGAAAAUGACGGCAAAUGAACUUUAUGUGAAGGGUGCCAGGAUAUGGAUUUCCGACCCAGAUGCUAUUUGGCGAGGAGCUGAACUAUUGGAAGAUUACAAAGGACCAGGACAGGUCAAAGUUCGGUAUGAGGAUGGUGAGGAUUCAGUUCUGGCGAUCAAAGAUAAAAACAACCUUCCCCAUUUGAGAAAUCCAGAAAUUUUGAUUGGUGAAAAUGAUUUGACAUCACUAAGUUAUCUCAAUGAACCAGAAGUUUUGUACAAUCUGCAGGUCAGAUUCAUGGACCAAAACAUUAUAUAUACAUACUGUGGAAUUGUACUCGUGGCUAUCAAUCCAUAUGCUGACCUACCCAUUUACGGAAAUGAGAUCAUCCAGGCCUACAGUGGGCAAGAUAUGGGGGCCAUGGACCCUCACAUAUUUGCUGUUGCUGAAGAAGCUUAUAAAAAGAUGUCUAGAUUUGAGCAGAAUCAGAGUAUUAUUGUGAGUGGAGAGUCUGGUGCCGGGAAGACUGUUUCUGCUAAGUAUGCCAUGAGAUACUUUGCCAUGGUAGGAGGAUCUCAGGCAGAGACACAAGUAGAAAAAAGAGUACUGGCUUCCAAUCCCAUUAUGGAGGCUAUAGGAAAUGCCAAGACAACAAGAAAUGACAACAGUAGUAGAUUUGGAAAAUACAUAGAACUCUCAUUCAACAAGAAAAAUGAAAUCAUUGGUGCUCACAUGAGAACUUACUUACUGGAAAAAUCAAGAGUAGUCUACCAAGCCUCAGAUGAGAGAAAUUAUCAUAUAUUUUAUCAGAUGUGUGCUUCCAGUGAUCUUCCAGAAUUUAAAAAGUUUCAGUUAAUGGCAGCUGGUGACUUUUUUUACACGGCCCAUGGAGGAGAUCCAGUUAUUAAUGGUGUGGACGAUGCAGACGAUCUCAGUGACACCAGGGACGCUUUACUUCUUUUAGGUAUUUCUGCUAAAGAUCAGAUGAUGAUAUUCCAGAUUUUGGCAGCCAUUUUACAUUUUGGGAAUGUGAGAAUAAAAGAGGCAGAAGGAGAAACAUCAGAUAUUUCUGCUAAAGACAAGAAUUUACAACUGAUGUGUCAGUUACUAGGUAUCGAGGAAUCACAGAUGAGAAUGUGGCUCUGUAACAAGAAGUUUACAACAGUUGGCGAAGUUCUGACAAAACCUCUCACUGCAGAACAGGCUAGUAAUGCACAGGAUGCCUUGGCUAAACAUAUUUAUGCUAAAAUGUUUGACUGGAUCGUGGAGAAAGUAAAUCUCAGUUUACACAGUACGACCAAACAUCACAGGUUUAUAGGAGUACUUGAUAUCUAUGGAUUUGAAACCUUUGAAAUAAACAGUUUUGAACAGUUCUGUAUUAACUAUGCAAAUGAAAAACUACAACAAAUUUUUAAUAGUCAUGUAUUUAAGUUAGAACAAGAAGAAUAUGUGAAAGAAGCCAUUGAAUGGUCGUUUAUUGAUUUCUAUGACAACCAGCCAUGUAUUGAUCUGAUUGAAAGUAAACUUGGUAUACUGGAUCUGUUGGAUGAAGAAUGUAAGAUGCCAAAAGGUUCAGAUAAGAACUGGUGCCAGAAGUUAUAUGAUAAACAUUACAACAAGGCUCAUCACUUUGACAAACCUCGAAUGUCUAACAUGGCAUUUAUCAUACACCACUUUGCUGACAAAGUCACAUACCAGGCCGAUGGAUUCCUGGAGAAGAACAGAGACACAGUAUUAGAAGACCAUAUCAAUAUUCUCAGAGCUAGUGAGUUUGCCUUAGUGGCAGAAUUAUUUGAAGACAAACCUGAUCCUAAUGAAAAGAAGCAGAGAGCUGGUUCCCAUCCUACACAGCCCCUGCGCUCUAAUCCUAAAGGGAGUAAAAGUACCAAGAAAACAGUUGGUUCACAGCAAGUUACCAAAGCAACUGUUGGAGAUCAGUUCCGAGACUCCUUGUUUAUGUUAAUGACCACCCUGAAUGCUACCACACCUCAUUAUAUCAGAUGUAUAAAACCUAAUGACUUGAAAGAAGCAUUUCAAUUUGACCCUAGAAGAGGAGUAGAACAGUUGCGAGCCUGUGGUGUACUGGAAACUAUCAGGAUCAGUGCAGCUGGUUAUCCAUCAAGAUGGACGUACAGUGAGUUUUUCCAAAGAUACAGAGUAUUAGCCAGAUCUAAGGACAUUGACAGAGCUAACCCAAGAAAGACAUGUGAGAAUGUUCUGGUUUCAGUUAUACAGGAAUCGUCACCGACAAAACAUCGUAAAAACAAGCAACCAAUAGAGGAUCCAGACAAAUACAGAUUUGGAAAAACAAAAAUAUUUUUCCGAGCAGGACAAGUGGCCUACUUAGAAAAGCUCCGAUCUGACAAGUUACGAUCAUGUGGUAUAAUGAUACAGAAACAUGUCAAAGGGUGGUUAGAGAGAAAACGUUACAGGAAGAUCACAAAGUCUAUUACACUUCUACAAAAAUAUGGACGAGGUCUGCUGGCUAGACGCUUUGCAAGAUAUUUGCGAGAAACCUGGGCAGCAAAGACAGUUCAAAAGAGAUGGAAGGGCUACAAAGCCAGGAGUCACUACAACCAUGUCAGGAAUGCAGUCCUUAUUUUACAGGCCAGUAUCCGAGGCUUCUUUGGAAGACGAGAAUUUGAGAAAGCCCUUCAUACUCAUAGAGCUGUGGUUAUACAGAGGUACGCACGUGGAUGGUUGGCACGUGUCAGAUAUCGUAGAGUCAUCAGAGGUAUCAUCAAAUUACAAGGUCAUUACCGAAGACGAAAGGCCAAGAAGGAGCUUAAGAAACUUAAGAUUGAGGCUAAAUCAGUGGACCAUAUCAAGAAUGUAAACAAAGGAUUGGAGAAUAAGAUUAUACAACUACAACAGCAACUGGAUGUCAGGAAACAAGAAAUGAAUGCUGUCAAACAACAAGAAGGAGAAAUGGACAAGAUGAAAGUAGAACUGGAGAAAUUACGAGGCUCCUCUGGUCAAGUUGAAAAGUCGUCUAAUAAAAUUACAGAACUCCUGGCUGAGAUUAAGGCUUUGAAAAUAGAGCUAGAGAAAGAACAAAUAGAAAAACAAGAUCUGAUAGCUGAGAAGGAACUAAUGAGGAAAGAUAAAGCAGAGAUUGCAAACAAGUUAACGGAGGAGAACAACAAACUGUCAGCUGAUUUAGAACUUGCCAAAACUCAGCUUGAUGAACAAGAAAAAGAACUGGCUGAUAUGGUGAAAGCUAAAGUAGAAGCUGCAAAGAAACAGUUGCUAUCAGAGUUGGAUUCGGAAAGAGAGCACCAUCAGAAACUUGUCAAGGAGCAUGCUCGGUUACAACAGAGAUUAGAGAACCUCCACGGAGAAAUGGAAUACCUCACAAGUCCUCAAGGUCACAAACGAACACCAUCAGACAUAAGUGCUAUCAGUCUAGAGUCUUAUACCAGUUCUGUAUCUCCUGAUGAGAAGAAAGAGGAAGAGGAAAAUGAAAAAGAGGAUCAAGGAUAUGGCACAGAGAAAUCAAAGAAGAAGAAGAAAGCACCAGCUCCACCUCUACCUGUUAAUGGAGAAACUAAGGAUAUUGAUGUAGGAUUGUUGCUUAAGUUACAAAACCGUGUGAAAGAUCUGGAAAAAGAAAAAGCUGAAAUGCAGAAAGAAAUUGACACAAGUGAAGAACAAGAACAAAAACAAACCCCUAGCAGUGAUGUCAUCACUGAUUCAGCAUUUAAUGCACUCAAAAAACAGUUGGUGAAUGCUGACGAUGUCCAACUCGUCAUUAAACUACAAAAACGUGUCAAGGAUCUAGAGUUAACAAAAUCUCGUCUGAGGAGCGAGUUAGAUGAACGAGACGAUGAUGAUGACGAAUUGACAAAAUUCCAAAUAACAACACCGGAAUUUGCUUAUAAUAAUCUGAAGAUGCAGGAACUCGAGAACGAGAAUGACAAGUUAAAGAGAGAAGUUGGUAAAUUGAUGAAGGCUAUCACUGAUAGUACUGACUUUACACAACAAGAAGUGUCUCCCUCUGGUAAAGAAUUAAUGGACCAGUUUGAGGCUAUGAACGAUGAGUUGGAGAGACGACGUGAAGAGUGUCUACAACUCCGUGCCAUGAUGGCUGAAAAGAGUAUAACAACACAUGCUAUAGCUAAGGAGUCCUAUGGUGGAAAUGAUAAUAUUGUGAAUGAGGAUAAUGAGCUAGCUAUGGCUUACAGAACACAGAAAGAACUUAACAGACUACUAGAAAACCAGCUACAGAAAACAGAAAAAGAUUCAAAGAAAAAAGAAGUUACAUUAAAGAAACAAGUGAAAGACUUAAAAGAAGAAAAUGAAAAACAGCAAAAGAUUAUUCAACAGCAUAACAGUAUAACUCGUAAUCUACAACUUGGUCCCGAGGCUAAGAUUGAAGCCACCAUGCAGCAUGAGAUAACAAGGCUUACAUCAGAAAAUCUGGAUCUGCGAGAAUCAAAUGACAAAAACCAAGACCAGAUACGCAAACUGAAGAAAAUGUUAAAAACUUACGCCAAACGUCUCAAAGAUGGUGAAGCGGCUGAGAUUGCUGCGGAGAUGGAUAAAGAUGAUACUAAAUCCAAUGAAGACAAUGUUGCCCACGUAAAACAUCGGGAGAGGAACUACAUGGGCAUGUUAGAGUAUCGUAAGGAGGAUGAACAGGCUCUCAUCAAAAACCUAAUUAUGGAUUUAAAACCUCGUGUAGCUGUUGGUUUGUUACCAGGGUUACCAGCAUAUGUUUUGUUUAUGUGUGUUAGACAUACUGAUUAUGUUAAUGAUGACGAGAAAGUUAGAGGUUUGCUGACCAAUACCAUUAAUGGAAUCAAGAAAUGUGUCAAGAAACAUCACAGUGACGUUGAGAGAGUAACGUUAUGGCUGACAAACACCUGUCGUCUGCUGCAUACACUCAAACAGUAUAGUGGAGAAAAAGCUUUCCAAACAGACAAUUCCUCACGGCAGAACGAGCAUUGUCUACGUAACUUUGACCUGUCAGAAUACAGACAAGUGUUCAGUGAUCUGGCUGUGUGGAUCUACCAGACAAUGAUAAAACAGAUGCAGGAGUCAGUUCAGCAAAUGAUAGUACCAGCAGUAUUAGAACAUGAAGCCAUAGCAGGACUGACUGCCUCCAAACCCUCCGGCAUGAGAGGAAGAAGUUCUAGUAAUGCCAAUGAACUUGAGGAAAAAGAACUGUCUCUUGAUUCUCUUAUGAAAGUUAUGAACAAAUACAGUCAGAUUUUGGCCCAACAUGCAGUGGACCCAGAAUUGGUAAAACAGAUCUUCCGACAGCUAUAUUAUUUUGUUGCCUCUGGUGCUCUCAACAACCUACUUCUACGUAAAGAUAUGUGCAAUUGGUCAAAAGGAAUGCAAAUUAGAUACAAUCUGAGCCAUUUAGAACAGUGGUUACGUGACAACAAGCUACAAGAAUCUGGUGCCCUGUCAGCAUUAGAACCUAUUACCCAAGCCUCCCAGUUAUUACAGGCCAGGAAAACAGAUGCUGAUGUUGACAGUAUAUGUGAAAUGUGUUCUAAACUAACAACUCCACAGAUUGUUAAAAUAUUGAAUCUGUACACACCUGUUGACGAGUUUGAGGAGCGGGUACCAGUCAGUUUUAUUAGGAAGAUUCAGAAGAAAUUACAAGGACGGCAGGAAGCUGACAACACGUUAUUAAUGGACACAAAAUAUACUUUCCCAGUAACAUUCCCGUUCAAUCCAUCAAGUAUAGCCAUGGAAACGAUAGAUGUUCCAGAACAACUACAUCUAGGUUUCCUUAAUAGACAUUAACUACUUAGCAGAAAUCAAAUUUGUUUAUUUAUUUAUUUAAGAUGGAAGACCUAGAUUGAGGGUACAAUUCUACAAAUCACUGGUGCGUUUCUGUCAACUAUUCUCACAGAUAUAUUGUAAGCUUUGAAGUAACAUAGAUAAUGUUUACAUCUGUUUCACAUGAGGGCUUUAAAAGCAUGAUGAAACUUGACUAUUUCAAAUGCAUUACUGAUAUAAAUAGUAGUCUCCCUUAACCCAGGUCUAAAUAUACCACUGAAUUCUGGUUUUAAUUUUACAAACAGUAUUUUUUGCAGUUGGAGAUUAAUAGAAAUAUAAUGGAAACAUAUUUGUGUAUUCAUACUAAUACAAAAGUUGGUUUAACAGCUUCUACACAAUCUAUUUAUUUGACUUGCUUAAAUUAUUCUAAAAGAAGCUUAUCCAUUUGAUUCUAUUUUUAGAAUUACUAGGCCAUUUAAAGUACAUUUUGUUCCUUAAGUUGAAUAAUUUGUCUGUAAAGGUACUUUAUUUCUCUGGAAAUGGGAAUUUUUUAAUUAAUUUACAUUGGUUUUUACACUAAAAAAUAAAGAACAGAGAAUAUUUGGUGUACAUUUUUACCUGCAUUUGCAGUUAUUAUGAAACUCCCUCGGGAUAUGCUGAGUUAUGAUAUCUAAAAUAAGUUUCCAGUUUUUAAAUUAAGAAAACAGACCUUCAAAUAGCAUAGUCUUUAAAAUUUCAGAUGUGCAAACAGUAGAAUAUUAUUUAGCAAUAAAAAGAUAGAUUUUUCUCCAAAUAAUAAACAAACAGUUUUUUUUUCCCUAAAUAUAAACGCACAAUUACAAAAAAUUUUGCAAAGAUUUAAUUUUUGCAAUGGGUAUCCUCAAGUUAAAGUUUUUGCAACCAAAUAUUUAGAAAAACAUGAAAAACCUGAUGGGGAGAAUAUAAUUUCAUUGACCUAAGGGACAAAAUAUAAUUUUGAUGGCAGGUUUCUACACAAAAACAUAUUUAUAUUUUGCCUGUAAAUUAGCUCGGGAUUGCAUAUUUUUCAUCCUUUCAUUGAGUUUGUUGGACAGUUUUACAUAUCAUAUUAUGGACGUUUUUGUUAUUGUAAAUUAUUUGUUAAUUUUUAGGGAUGAUGAUAUGUUUUUAUAUAUUUAUUAUGUAUAGUAUAUGAUAGUUUAUUAGCGUUAUUUUUAUCUUUUGGCAUGAUGUACAUAUAUUGUAUAUGUGUAUUUAUAUAAGGCCCUUGAAGCUAUGAGUUUCUUUUAAUUUGUAAAAAUGUGAUAUGUCGUAAGAUUGGCGUGAAGUUGAAUAGUAUUUGUUUUUCUUUGUAAUAUCUUGAUUUUGGAAAAAGUUGAUGGUUACUUCUUUUUCAAUUACUAAAUGAAUUUCAUAUGAGUAAAAUUAAACAGCGACCAAACAACACUCAAAAAUCAAAAGACAUAUAGAGUUCAACAUCAGCUUACAAACAUUUAAAUGUCUGUACAAUAUAUCAAGCUCCAAAUUGCCCCAGUCUUGAAAAAUUUUGAGUUUAUUUUUUUUUCAUCUUUAUUUAGAAAUUUUCUUGAUAUUUUUUUUCUGUGAUUUUUUUUGUUAUGAUGAAUUGAAUUGGACUUGAAAUUUUUCAGUUUGAUCAUACUUUUAAGUAUCUGAGGAAGUUAAAAGACACUAAAUGUUUGUAGUAAAUUGUAUUGCCAAAAAUACUUUUAGAAAGAUGCAAUAAAGUAAUUGUGAGAAAAAAAGCUCAAAUCCAUCAACUAUUAAGAUUUGCAAACUAUCUUUUUUAAAAUUUUAAUAUUCUGAAGAUGCUUGUGUAUUGUUUAAGACUAUGUCUUUUGGUUUAUGUACAGUGUGCGUUUUGUCUCAUUGGAUUGUCCAUAUUUUUUUGCUAAUAUUCAUAACAAAUUAAAUGAAACUUAAGGUAAUAGGCCAACAGUAUAAAUCAAAAUGGAUGAAAGUUAGAGUAGUGUUUAGCUAGAGUUCUUUCAUUCAAGUCUUCAAAACAGGUAACAUAUUUUCAUUUUUUCUACUAAAUAUUAAAUCUUUUUACCUUUCAUAAAAAGUAAUGCAGAUUUGUUAUAUAUUUUUUUUACUGUUUUAUACCAAGUUUAUUUGUAAUGAGAAGUCAAAAUGAAGGGAUUGUUUUCAUGAAAGGUAUGUCUCGCUAUUUCUGUCUCACACUUUAUUAUUUUGUUGAAUUCCAUUCCCUUAAUUUCAAACAUAUACAGGUUAUCUCCCCUUUUUGAAGAUUUUGUCUCUUGCAUGCUGAGGUUUUAUAAAAAUGAUAUAAUGCAUUAAAUCAGUAUUAUAUAUCAUACUUCAUCAUGCACAAAAAUCAUUACUCAUGCAGAAAAGUGCAUUUUGUAGUUUUAUUAUAUUGCAAGGGAAAGGGAAAAAAUUCUAUGAAAGGGAAGUUACUCUGUUUAUCAAAAAGAGAUACAUUGAUGUUCAAUGAAUUUUUAAAGUUUAAAAUAGUGCUGAUUAAAAACAUAGCAUAAUAAUUUGGUCAAAAUACUUAUGUCUCUAUUAGGACAAAAUAUUCCAUGUUUGAGAAGUUUUAAGCCACCUGAUUUCCAUUGUUGCCAGAUUUGUUAUCAUUUUUUCCAGUGUAUUUUUUCCUGUUGACAAUAAUUUAUCCAUUCCUGACUAUAAAAUAAUUCAGAGAUAUUACUUAAAAGUUUGACAUUAUGAUACUCUCUAACUACUGUUAGUUUGGAAAUAAACGCAUGUGUAUGCAAAUUUUCCGAAGAUGACUGAAAGGGCAAAUGCCAUAAUAAAGCUGAAACCGACAAAAAAAUUUGGUUUCAAAUAAUCAUGAUUUGGUUGGAAACGAUUAAUUUCUGAAUUCUCAGGAACAGGUGAUACAAAAAAUUAGAGUAUUUCAUACUAAUGUGUAAAAUCAACGAUAAACUGCUAAAUGUGAUCAGAAUUCAUGGUUGUGAGCAGUUCUUGUACCUCUUAGAUGCAAGUUUUUUACCUUGUUACUUUUUUAUAUCAAACUUUUUUGAUGUUUGAUGGAAUUUUUUACUUGAGGCACUGUGAUACAUGUGUACAUCAGUUGAGAUGGUUUAGAGAUUAUAGAUGGUUUAGAGAUUAUAGAUGGUUUAGAGAUUAACAAGCUCACCAUUUUUGUUAAUAAUGCCAAUCAGGCUAAUAUUUUUUUUUCUCUUGCUUAAUAGAAUAAUGUUAAAAGACUAACAAACUUUAUCACAGCUCUCCAGUUCUAUUGUUUCAUUUUGCAAAUCUCUUCAUAACCACUAUCAAUGGAGAACAUGCAUUGAAAUUGCCAAAAAUUUUGUUUUGAUGAAUACUACAUUUUUAGAGCUUGUUAGCCUGAAGCGAACCAUCAGAACUAAUAUUCAGUUUUAGCUAUAUAUAGCAUACCUGCCAACCUCUUGAGGCUAUAGAGGAGGAUAUCACCUCUUUCCAGGUCCACUGAGAGGGAGAAUAUGCAUGAACACCUCUUUCAUUUUAAAUUUUGUAUAAAGAUAAUCAUAAAGCACAAAAAGAUAAAAUUGUUUUUUCUAUACCUGGGUUUUAUAAGUAAAAAAUAAGUCUUGAUACCAUUAAAUGUCUGGGGAAAAAAUUGUUUUUGCAGUGUAAAUGAACCAAAGAAAUUAAUAUCAAAAGAAGUGAAAUGAUAAACGUUGAUUUUUUUUGACACAGAGGGAAGAUUUGUUUCCUCCCCUGUGACAAAUCCAAUACGGGAAAUUUGAAAUUCUUUAAGGAAAAAAAGGGGGAGUCUUCUACUUAGAACUGGUGUGUUGGCAGGUAUGGUGAAGAAAUACCUCAACUUAUUCCCUAAGAAAAUUAUCAUCUGAGCUGCCUCAGAUAGAAAUCAACCUUAUGCAAGUACACAUAUACAUGUACAUGUAUAAGUCUUUGAUUGAUUUUGGAACAUUCAAAUAUGAAGUAAAA